AAAGUCAAUUGAUAAUGAUGGGGGGUCAUGUAUGUGAUAACAUAUUAGCCUAUAUAUGAAUAGAUGAGGUCUUGGCGGAAUCAGUUUAUGCAAAGUUAUUGGGUUAGGAGGAUUUUUGUGAAAGUGAAAGAAUAGUGAAGCAAAGGGCACAAAAAUGACCUCGGUGCUCCUCCUUUGCACCCUCAUCACCCCAAUCCUCGCCAACGGCUUCUACCACCAAGAAUACAACUACCAAACAUCCUCAUCGAGUUACAAAAACCAUGAACUCCAGCACCACAACGAAGACGAAGGUUUCUAUUCGAAGGAUGGCGACUUGGAGGGGCGGUUCCGCCCCCGUGUCAACGCCCACAGCCAACACAGCGAAUACGUUAACCCGAAAAUGCAACACGGUUAUCGCAUUGGCACUGAUCGCACCUCCUCCUUCGGCCAACUCCACGCCCAAAACCGUUACCGAAUGAACGAACCGUUCGAAGGCGGGGCUUACGGAAUGGUCACUCCUGUGCACGACUACGGAAUUUCGUCAAAUUUGCGCCAAGUAACGGCGAACUUGCAACGCGAAAUGGAGGCGGAGCUACAGCGCGCGGUUUAUGACCACGCCCAACGCGCAAUGGCCUAUGGCGGCAUCACGCAAGCGCAGAUUGACACCGAUAGGCGUGUGCUAGAGGAGGAGCUUCGGCGCAACGUCACAAUGCGACUACAGGAGGCUUUGAAAAUGCAAUACGGUAACCAAGGGAUCAGAGGGGCGUAUUCGUACAGCAUCCAAAAUGGGCGUUUACAACCAACAGCCAAUUACAACAACCAGGAAUUGGCCGAUUUGACCCGACAAUUGGAGGAGGAGCUUAUCCGCCAUCUUGACCAACAAGUCCAGACCUACUACCGGACGGAAGUCCACACCCACACGCAACGAAACACCUAUCGGGUCAAUGGUGGGGAGUAUCCAGGGGCGUUACAGGCCCGCCCACCGGUGUACCACCAGCCCUACCCCCCACCACACCCUAAUCCGGUUCUAGCCAAACCUGACUCAAUCACAACCGUAGCCACCCGAGUCCAAACGGAACUUAACGAAAUCCUAAAUAAGAUUUUAGAAGAUACACAAAAACGCUACUUUGCCGAAAAUUCCUAUCAAAAUCCUUCGAUUAAUUACGACGCCAUUUUGGCACACCUCCAGGACGAACUUCGCGCAAACAUAACCUUCCAUUUCGAUGAUCAAAUCAAGCGUGCGUAUGGUUACUCAAACUAUGCGUCAAAAUACAGCGUUGAGGACAUUGAGAAUUUGAGGAGGCAAAUCGAGGCCAACUUGAUCACCAAACUUAAUCGUGAUUUUAACCGACAGAGAGAGCGCUUUUUCAACGCCCAUCAACCAAUGUAUCAACCAAUCCCAGCCAAUCAUGUCUACUACCCCGUCAAUCAAGUGCAUCAAGUCGACGUUGCAAAUUUACAAAGACAAAUGCAAGAGCAACUAUCAAGGCAAUUACAGGAGGCGUUGAUGCGUCAAUCGUACUCACAGGCGAUGUAUUCUGGACAUUCUGGUUUUAAUUCGCAAGCUCAUUACCAGAGGGCGCUCGAACAACUCUCAGCUGAGCUUAAUCGAAAUCUGACACGACAAAUGGAACAAUUGAAUGCGCAACAGUACCAGAUUGGUGUACAUGAUGCACAGCUUGCUACGAUGAGGAAUCAAUUGCAACAUGAUUUGAUGAGGCAGUUGCAACAAGGGUUGCAACAGUCCUACAGUCAGUACAGCUCGUGGAGUAGUUCGUCGAGGAGUAGUUCAAAUAGUCAUAAUUAUAGGCCAGUUAGAGGGUUUGAUGCCAAUUUGUAUAGGCAAUAUGGCACCUCCAGUGAUUUGGUGGGGGAAGAUUGUAUGAUGGGGGAUGAUCCGGGGGUUAAACGGACAAGGAGGGGAGCUUUGACACAGGAAAAUGACGAUUUGACACAACAGACCGAAGAUUUGACACAGCAAAGUCAAGAAAUUGCGCAGGAUGAAGGACAAACCGAAGAUCUGACACAACAGACUGAAGAUUUGACACAGCAAAGUCAAGAUAUGACACAACAGACAGAAGAUUUGACACAGCAAAGUCAAGAUAUGACACAACAGACUGAAGAUUUGACACAGCAAGUCCAAAGUGAAGACAGUUCGGGCAAACCGAUUAGAUCAAAAGACGUUUUUUGGCCUUUAAGUCAGGAUUUGACACAACAAAGUCAGGAUUUGACACAACAAAGUCAGGAUUUGACACAACAGAGUCAAGAUUUGACACAGCAAGUUCAAACACAAAACGAUUUAGAAAAACCGCAAAGAGCAGAAGACGUUUUUGAGUCUCAAAGUCAGGAUUUGACACAACAGACUCAAGAUUUAACACAACCUGGCAAACCUAAAUAUCAAGUGCAAAUAGGCCCAGCUGUUUCCCAAGAACCUACACCUCAUUAUCACGCUGAAUAUUUUCGCCCAAGUCAAGAUUUGACACAGCAAAGUCAAGAUUUGACACAACCUAAGUAUCACAGUCAAAUAGGUCCAGCUGUUUCUCAAGAACCUACACCUCAUUAUCACGCUGAAUAUUAUCGCCCAAGUCAAUAUUUGACACAACAAAGUCAGGAUUUGACACAACAAACUCAAGAUCUGACACAACCUGGCAAACCUAGGUAUUAUAAUCAAUUAGGACCAGCUGUUUCGCAAGAACCUACACCUCAUUAUCACGCUGAAUAUUUUCGCCCAAGUCAAGAUUUGACACAGCAAAGUCAAGAUUUGACACAACCUGGCAAACCUAUGUAUCAAAGUCAAAUGGGUCCUGCUGUUUCACAAGAACCUACACCUGAUUAUCACGCUGAAUAUUAUCGCCCAAGUCAAUAUUUGACACAACAAAAUCAGGAUUUGACACAACAAACUCAAGAUUUGACACAACCUGGUAAACCCAGGUAUAUAAGUCAAAACGGUCCGAGUGUUUCACAAGAACCAAUAACUCGUUAUUAUUCCAAGUAUAACCCUGUAGCUAUAGAUCCAGUGCCUCAAUAUCAAGACUAUAUGCGUCCAAGUCAAGAUUUGACACAACCGAAGCCUUACAGUCAAACUGGUCCAGGUGUAUAUCAAAAACGAGGUCCAAUUGUCUAUCACCAACUUGACAAUGUGGCACCAAGUCAAGAUUUAACACAGCAAAGUCAAGAUUUGACACAACCAAAAUCUUAUAGUCAAAUUGGUCCAGCUGUUUAUCGUAAACCAUCGCCAACUGUGUAUCAGGAAGCUGAAUAUGACCCCACAAACCAAGAUUUGACACAACACAGUCAAUCGAUGAUUGGACCACCUGUUGAAUCCCCCACUCCGAAGCCCAUUUAUGCCGAAAAUAUUAGACUACAUAGUCAAGAUUUGACUCAACCUAUCGAUCAACAAAAGCCAACUGAUACAAAUAUGAAAUACGUAGUGUAUGAUCCUACAUUUUAUGAUUCACAUCAAACACCCAAACGUCAAUAUUUGACACAACAAAGUCAAGAUUUGACACAACAAACGCAAGAUAUACAAGCUUCGAAACCGUACCAAUCAAUGCUUGGAUCACCUGUUGAAUCUUACACACCUAAACCCACAUAUGCCGAAAUUCUUAGACAACAUAGUCAAGAUUUGACACAACAAUCGCCUUAUCAACAAAAACCAAACGAUACAAAUAUGAAAUACGUGAUGUAUAAUCCUAUAUAUUAUCAUUCACGUCAAACACCCAAAAAUAAUGAUUUGACACAACAAAGUCAAGAUUUGACACUAAACAAUCAAGGUCAGGUAGAUAUUGGCCCUCCGGACUCUUAUCAGCAGUCACCGGUGGAUACCGAGCCUUUACAAAGUCAAGAUUUGACACAACAAAGUCAAGAUUUGACACAACAAAGUCAAGAUUUGACACAACAGAGUCAAGAUUUGACACAAAACAGUGAACCUUUCAACCAACAACAAAAUGACUACGGAUCAGUCGAUCCUCUAUACACAUCAACAUAUGAUUGGCGCCCUGGAAAACAAAACUUUGGCAACAGUGUUGGACAAAGGGUAAAUUAUUUCGAAAGUCUAAACAAACCAACGUCGCGACCGCCAAAAUUCGAUGAACUGAGAUUUCAGAGUGAAAAUCCAAGUCAAGAUUUGACACAGCAAAGUCAAGAUUUGACACAGCAAAGUCAAGAUUUGACACAGCAAAGUCAAGAUUUGACACAACAAAGUCAAGAUUUGACACAACAAACGCAAAAUCUUAGAAAACCAAUCGUAGGCACGCCAGAUUUGACACAACAAAGUCAAGAUUUGACACAACAAAGUCAAGAUUUGACACAGCAAAGUCAAGAUUUGACAGAGCAAAGUCAAGAUUUGACACAGCAAAGUCAAGAUUUGACACAACAAGACCUCACAACGCCUCCAACAGCCCAAAACUCCCAGAAAAAAUUAUCUCAAGCCCAAGAGGAGUCUCAACGCCUGCUCGACCUCCUCCGAAGACAAUCACAAGAAAAUCAAAAUAUUGGCCCCAUGAACUACUCCCCCAAGCCGGUCUAUGCCGACUAUGGUGGCCAACAAAUCCAGGUCGGUACCACCCGACAAUUGCGCCCCAAUGAAGCCCCCGGAAGAAAACUGGAGCCCCAAACGGCCCAAGUGGACACAAUCCCGGACCAAGAAACACAAACUGUGCGAGAUAUCGAACCGGUGGAGCCCCAAGUGGCCAGCGAAGUGCAACAAGUUGACGAUACUACAGGAAUAACAACGAAAAAGCCCGGCUGGUGGACCCGAUUCAAGAAUAAGAUAGGUUAAGACAAGCGAGUUAAUUUAUUGUAAUUUUGAUCGAUUUUAAUAAAAUGUGGUAAAACUA